AUGCAUCCCUUUAACUGUACCCGCACUCUCCUUGCAUGUGAUUCCACCCUUUCACUCUUUCACUCCUCCAAUUCACUCAUCCGCUGUCUUCUUCGCUUCUAUCUGCUACACGGCCUGAUUGCUCUUCGUACUGCACUUACUGUGAUUUUCCCUCGAGCAGCGGCGCUCGCCCUCACAACCCCCCAUAGCAGCGCCGCCUCUCCCUCACAACCCCCCAGAGCAGCGGCGCCUCUCCCUCACAGCCCCCCAGAGCAGCGGCGCCUCUCCCUCACAGCCCCCCAGAGCAGCGGCGCCUCCUCCUCACAACCCCCCAGAGCAGCGGCGCCUCUCCCUCACAAUCCCCCAGAGCAGCGGCGCCUCCUCCUCACAACCCCCCAGAGCAGCGCCUCCUCCUCACUCACCCCCCAGAGCAGGGGCGCCUCCUCCUCACAGCCCCCCAGAGCAGCGGCGCCUCUCCCUCACAGCCCCCAGAGCAGCGGCGCCUCCUCCUCACAACCCCCCAAAGCAGGGGCGCCUCGCCCUCAAAGCCCCCCAGAGCAGCGGCGCCUCUCCCUCACAACCCCCCAGAGCAGCGGCGCCUCCUCCUCACAACCCUCCAGAGCAGCGGUGCCUCUCCCUCACAGCCCCCCAGAGCAGCGGCGCCUCCUCCUCACAACCCCCCAGAGCAGCGGCGCCUCUCCCUCACAACCCCCCAGAGCAGCAGCGCCUCCUCCUCACAACCCCCAGAGCAGCGGAGCCUCCUCCUCACAGCCCCCUAGAGCAGCGGCGCCUCCUCCUCACAACCCCCCAGAGCAGGGGCGCCUAAACCCCCCAGAGCAGGGCGCCUCCUCCUCACAGCCCCCCAGAGCAGCGGCGCCUCUCCCUCACAGCCCCCCAGAGCAGCGGCGCCUCCUCCUCACAACCCCCCAGAGCAGCGGCGCCUCUCCCUCACAACCCCCCAGAGCAGCGGCGCCUCCUCCUCACAACCCCCUAGAGCAGGGGCGCCUCCUCCUCACAGCCCCCCAGAGCAGCGGCGCCUCUCCCUCACAGCCCCCCAGAGCAGCGGCGCCUCUCCCUCACAACCCCCCAGAGCAGCGGCGCCUCUCCCUCACAACCCCCCAGAGCAGCGGCGCCUCCUCCUCACAGCCCCCCAGAGCAGCGGCGCCUCUCCCUCACAGCCCCCAGAGCAGCGGCGCCUCUCCCUCACAACCCCCCAGAGCAGCGGCGCCUCUCCCUCACAACCCCCCAAACCAGCGGCGCCUCCUCCUCACAACCCCCCAGAGCAGGGGCGCCUCCUCCUCACAGCCCCCUAGAGCAGCGGCGCCUCUUUCUCAUAGCCCCCUAGAGCAGCGGCGCCUCCUCCUCACAGCCACCCAGAGCAGCGGCGCCUCUCCCUCACAACCCCUCAGAGCAGUGGCGCCUCUCCCUCACAACCCCCCAGAGCAGCGGCGCCUCUCCCUCACAACCCCCCAGAGCAGCGGCGCCUCCUCCUCACAGCCCCCCAGAGCAGCGGCGCCUCCUCCUCACAGCCCCCCAGAGCAGCGGCGCCUCUCCCUCACAGACCCCAGAGCAGCGGCGCCUCUCCCUCACAACCCCUCAGAGCAGCGGCGCCUCUCCCUUACAGCCGCCCAGAGCAGCGGCGCCUCUCCCUCACAACCCCCCAGAGCAGCGGCGCCUCCUCCUCACAGCCCCCCAGAGCAGCGGCGCCUCUCCGUCACAGACCCUCAGAGCAGUGGCGCCUCUCCCUCACAACCCCCCAGAGCAGCGGCGCCUCUCCCUCACAACCCCCCAGAGCAGCGGCGCCUCCUCCUCACAGCCCCCCAAAGCAGCGGCGCCUCUCCCUCACAGCCCCCAGAGCAGCGGCGCCUCUCCCUCACAACCCCCCAGAGCAGCGGCGCCUCUCCCUCACAACCCCCCAGAGCAGCGGCGCCUCCUCCUCACAGCCCCCCAGAGCAGGGGCGCCUAAACCCCCCAGAGCAGGGCGCCUCCUCCUCACAGCCCCCCAGAGCAGCGGCGCCUCUCCCUCACAGCCCCCCAGAGCAGCGGCGCCUCCUCCUCACAACCCCCCAGAGCAGCGGCGCCUCUCCCUCACAACCCCCCAGAGCAGCGGCGCCUCCUCCUCACAGCCCCCCAGAGCAGCGGCGCCUCUCCCUCACAGACCCCAGAGCAGCGGCGCCUCUCCCUCACAACCCCUCAGAGCAGCGGCGCCUCUCCCUCACAGCCGCCCAGAGCAGCGGCGCCUCUCCCUCACAACCCCCCAGAGCAGCGGCGCCUCCUCCUCACAGCCCCCCAGAGCAGCGGCGCCUCUCCGUCACAGACCCUCAGAGCAGUGGCGCCUCUCCCUCACAACCCCCCCAGAGCAGCGGCGCCUCUCCCUCACAACCCCCCAGAGCAGCGGCGCCUCCUCCUCACAGCCCCCCAAAGCAGCGGCGCCUCUCCCUCACAGCCCCCAGAGCAGCGGCGCCUCUCCCUCACAACCCCCCAGAGCAGGGCGCCUCCUCCUCACAGCCCCCCAGAGCAGCGGCGCCUCCUCCUCACAGCCCCCCAGAGCAGCGGUGCCUCUCCCUCACAACCCCCCAGAGCAGGGGCGCCUCCUCCUCACAGCCCCCCAGAGCAGCGGCGCCUCUCCCUCACAGCCCCUCAGAGCAGCGGCGCCUCUCCCUCACAGCCCCUCAGAGCAGCGGCGCCUCUCCCUCACAACCGCCCAAAGCAGGGGCGCCUCUCCCUCACAGCCCCCCAGAGCAGGGGCGCCUCUUCCUCACAGCCCCCCAGAGCAGCGGCGCCUCCUCCUCACAACCCCCAAAGCAGCGGCGCCUCUCCCUCACAGCCCCCAGAGCAGCGGCGCCUCCUCCUCACAACCCCCCAGAGCAGCGGCGCCUCCUCCUCACAGCCCCCCAGAGCAGCGGCGCCUCUCCCUCACAGCCCCCCAGAGCAGCGGCGCCUCUCCCUCACAGCCCCCCAGAGCAGCGGCGCCUCCUCCUCACAACCCCCCAGAGCAGGGGCGCCUCCUCCUCACAGCCCCCCAGAGCAGCGGCGCCUCUCCCUCACAGCCCCUCAGAGCAGCAGCGCCUCCUCCUCACAGCCCCCCAGAGCAGCGGCGCCUCUCCCUCACAAUCCCCCAAAGCAGCGGCGCCUCGCCCUCGAAGCCCCUCAGAGCAGCGGCGCCUCUCCCUCACAGCCCCCCAGAGCAGCGGCGCCUCCUCCUCACAACCCCCCAGAGCAGCGGCGCCUCCUCCUCACAACCCCCCAGAGCAGCGGCGCCUCUCCCUCACAACCCCCCAGAGCAGCGGCGCCUCUCCCUCACAGCCCCCCAGAGCAGCGGCGCCUCCUCCUUACAACCCCCCAGAGCAGCGGCGCCUCUCCCUCACAAACCCCCAGAGCAGUGGCGCCUCCUCCUCACAGCCCCCCAGAGCAGCGGCGCCUCGCCCUCACAACCCCCCAGAGCAGCGGCGCCUCUCCCUCACAACCCCCCAGAGCAGCGGCGCCUCCUCCUCACAGCCCCCCAGAGCAGCGGCGCCUCUCCCUCACAGCCCCCAGAGCAGCGGCGCCUCUCCCUCACAACCCCCCAGAGCAGCGGCGCCUCUCCCUCACAACCCCCCAAACCAGCGGCGCCUCCUCCUCACAACCCCCCAGAACAGCGGCGCCUCUCCCUCACAGCCCCCCAGAGCAGCGGCGCCUCUCCCUCACAGCCCCCCAGAGCAGCGGCGCCUCCUCCUCACAACCCCCCAGAACAGUGGCGCCUCUCCCUCACAACCCCCCAGAGCAGCGGCGCCGCCUCCUCACAACCCCCAAAGCAGCGGCGCCUCUCCCUCACAGCCCCCAGAGCAGCGGCGCCUCCUCCUCACAACCCCCCAGAGCAGCGGCGCCUCCUCCUCACAGCCCCCCAGAGCAGCGGCGCCUCUCCCUCACAGCCCCCCAGAGCAGCGGCGCCCCGCCCUCACAGCCCCCUAG